AGAGCCAGCGACAGCUCAAGUCGAACAACGACAUGUGUCCCCAAGCUCCUGGCGCUGGCUCGUCGUAGCCUCACGGCUUUAUCUCUAAACCAUCGCCACAUUGUAAAUCUGUCCCUUCCCCAAAUCAUACAGGGGUUAGACACUUGCUCCUCAUCAAUGCAGAGCACAAACACCGGCCUGAUUCUUCCAGGUCCGUAAGCAUAUAUCGUUUCCGGCUGGUAUUAUCUCCCUGCUGUUUGUUCCUAUCAUCAACAUUGCACGCGAGCGGUGCGGCAACCAAAACUAUACUCUCCUUUAUCUCCUUUAUUGACCGGUUUCCAUACUACACACAUUAUUCCACAAUGGCCCAGACACCUCAGCAGCGCCGCGCGAACGCCAAGUUCGCAAAACUAAACGAAGCUCGCAUGGGCAAGUCAGAAGAUCAGCUCAAGGUCCGCGUAAAGGAGAUUCCUAAGUCUCCUAUCUCCCGCAUCUGGCUCGGUGUUCUCUGCUUCAUUCUUAUCGGUGGCCUCUUCUUCGAUCCUCUUGCGCGGCUGUUCGGAUUUUAAUAAAAACGAAGCGACAACAUUGAACCAUGCACAAACAUACAAUGUGGCGGAAAUCCGGGGAGCGUCGGUGAUCUAAAGAGUCGGUCGACAGGGCUCCCUGGAGGAGAGUGUAUCAUACAAUACCGACCUAGACCCGCUCGUCGCGAGGAGGGUGUUGAGUCUUAGGACCAUCAGUGGAGGAGGGCCAAAACCAGGUGAUCAUAGACGCCCGAAUACUGGGGCUCAGUUUGGAUUCUGGAGACGUCGACUUGGAAUACGCAGCCUCACCGAAACUCGCCCGGGAACAGAGAGUAUAUCAUUACUUUUAAGGCAACAACAUAUCAAUUACGUACUUGCUUCCUUGUCCAUUGGGCCUUGGCGACACGAUACUCACUGUGAACUGAUUUUGUCCUCUGAAG